UCUAACAAUGGCUUCUUCUUCGAUCAUAUUCUCCCUCCUUUUCCUUUUCUUCUUCUCACUCUCAUCUGCUCAACCAUCAUUCCGACCAAAAGCCCUCCUUCUCCCUGUCACAAAAGACAAAUCCACCCUCCAAUACACAACCGUUAUCAACCAACGCACUCCUCACGUCGCCGCCUCCGUCGUCUUCGACCUGGGUGGCCGAAACCUCUGGGUCGACUGCGACAAAGAUUACGUCUCCACCACAUACCGCUCCCCUCGCUGCAACUCCGCCGUGUGCUCACGAACCGGCUCCACCGCCUGCGGCACUUGCUUCUCUCCCCCUAGUCCUGGCUGUAGCAACAAUACUUGCAGCUUAAUGCCAGAUAACUCCGUCACCGGAACCGCCACCUCCGGCGAAGUUGCUACAGACGUUGUGUCGAUUCAGUCAACCGAUGGCCGGAACCCGGGCCGGGCCGUUAAAAUCCCCAAUUUGAUCUUCGGAUGCGGGGCAACGUUUCUGCUUGAAGGACUCGCCCCCGGAACAGUCGGCAUGGCUGGGAUGGGACGCCACAACAUCGGACUCCCGUCUCAGUUCGCCGCGGCGUUUAGCUUCAACAGAAAAUUUGCAGUGUGUCUCACUUCGGGAAGAGGCGUCGCCUUCUUCGGUAACGUGCCUUACAUUCUCCUCCCCGGAAUCCUGAUCUCACGGCUCAAAACGACGCCGCUUCUCAUCAACCCCGUGAGCACCGCUUCUGCCUACUCAGAAGGAGAGAAAUCCACCGAGUAUUUCAUCGGCGUAACUGACAUCAAAGUCCUCGAGAAAUCAAUUUCAUUCAACCAAACGCUUCUCAAGAUCGAUGCCACCAUCGGAGUCGGAGGAACCAAGAUCAGCACGGUGGAUCCCUACACCGUGAUGGAGACGUCCAUCUUCAACGGGCUCACGUCGGCCUUCGUCGGAGCAGCUGCCUUGAGGAACAUCACUCGAGUAUCGUCGGUGAAGCCAUUCGGCGCGUGUUUCAGCUCGCGGAACGUUUACAAAACGCGCGUCGGUUACAGCGUGCCGGAUAUCCAGCUCGUGCUUCAGAACAACGACAUCGUCUGGAGGAUAUUGGGAGCUAAUUCGAUGGUGACCGUUAGCCCUGACGUCAUAUGUUUGGGUUUUGUUGAUGGAGGAGUCAACGCCAGAACCUCUGUGGUGAUCGGAGGGCUUCAGCUGGAAGAUAACUUGGUCGAAUUUGAUCUGGCCAGUAACAGAUUGGGCUUUAGUAACACCUUAUUGGGCCUUCAAACUAGUUGUGCCAACUUCAAUUUCACUUCCACUUCCACCACUUCCACUGCUCGAUAUGUUUUGUAAGACGCCGUUGAAUGAUUUCGUUGCAAUUUUUCAAACUUGAUUCGAAUAAUGGAAUGUUGUUGUUUUCCUGUGA